AUGGCAGCAUUGAUCAAGGGAAUCAAAUUUGCGGCCCAAAUCUCGAACCGAAACCCGGCAAUACUGUACACGAGCGUAAGAAAUCAUGGCUGGAACAAAGAUUUUAAGCCCAGUAAAUUCCCCGAAACGGACAAGGAACGUGAAUUGGCGGCUAAAAAAUAUGGAUUAACUACGGCAGAGUAUCAGCCCUAUGCGGAUGACGGUUUGGGUUACGGUGACUAUCCGAAACUGCCGGACGUUCCAGUGGAAGCGCGCGAUCCUUACUAUCCAUACGAUUUUCCGGAAUUGAAGAGAAAUCUUCAUGAUACACUCCAUGCAGAAACCGAUUUCUGGUCGGAGGACCGUUUCGGUUCAGCGGAACCAUUGCGCUACUCGAUGAAGACUUACUGGUUAGCGUUUUUGGGCGUUAUGACCGGUUGUAUCGCUUUGUACUACUGGCUUGAAAAUUACAAAAUGUUCCGACCAGUGCUUGCCAAGCAGUACCCUUACGAAGGGAAGGCUCACUACACGUUCGACAAGAAGUAG